AUGGCGACGGGUUCCUCGGAUCCCCUGGAAGAGAUGCUGCUCUUCACUGAGGAGGUGGAUGAGAAGGUGGUCAGUGAUCUGGUGGGCUCUUUAGAAUCGCAGCUGACCGGCGGAAAAAAUUCUGUCGAGGUGCUCCAGCUCAGGACUUUUGCCCCGUCCCAACAGCAGCAGCACCAGGGGAGCCUAGUAGAGGGCAGCAGCCCCGUUCGGCAGCAGCAAGGGCAUCCCGUGUCUCCUUCUACUCCCCGGGCACAGGAGGCGGCGGUGAGGUGCCCUGGAGUCGCGGAGAGCCGAGCUCCUGUUCAGGGGCAGCUCCCGUUCCCCCCGGCAGUGGCGGUGGCAGGGAGGGGAGUGAGUGUAAACAGUAGUAGUGUGCAGCAAUCACAUGGAGCGGCUCUCAGCGGCGGCGACAACCCCGGCGCGCUCGCCGCCCUUGCACCGCCCCAGCCCGUUGCUCCCCCGCCUGCCGGCGUCCCUGCCCAGUCUUUGAACAACCACGUAACUGCCAGCGCUGCUGCCCGGGGCGCGAGGAGCCCCAGCGGCAGUCUGCCCGCCGCCGACAGCGCGGUGCUGCAGCGCAAUAAGGCCGCAGAGGGUAGCGGGACCUCGGAGGGAGCGGCGGAGAGUGUUUCUACCGCCGCCACCACCACGUCACUCCCUGGCAAGGCGGCGCCCAACGGGGAGGGCGCCUGGGGCCAGCAGGCGGCAGUCCUAUUAGCCAGCAGCCACGGCAGAACCGAUGCCGCUACGGCACAGACCAAGUCCGCGCACGGCCCGCUCCCCGCAGUAAACGCACUCGGUACUUCCCUUAGCCCCGCGCCUGUCACCCCACCGGGGCAGGGCUCGACUGCCAACUGCACUCCGCCGGGCCCCGCCGCGCCCAAGCUAGCGGUUAGCGCUGCCAAGGCGGGCGCUGUCCCUUCAGCCGCCCCCCAGGCCCUAUCACCCCGUCUGGCGCUGGGCGCUGCCUCCAGGAUCAUGGCCCCGCAGCUGAUCGUGAGGCCGUCACAGCAGACCACCAUCCAGCUGCCCCCCGGUUUCACCAUCUCGCCCGAUAUGGUCUUGGUGCGCAUGGAUGUUGGACAGCUUGUAAUGAUGCCUCAGCAGGCUCUAGCACAGGCUCAAAUGCAGGCUCAACUACACAUGCAGGGACAGGGUCCUGUCAGCAUGUCUCAGAGACUUUCUGUGCCCACAACUGGCCCUAUUUUUCGCCUAUCAACAACUCAGCAACCAUCUUCUGUAGUCACAUCUACUGUUCACCUGGGACUUCCAGUGCAAGCUAAAUUUGUUCAGUCGACUGUUACACCUGUCAGUGGUUCAUCUGCUGCGACUCUGCCAGGAGGCUCUAUUCUCUCCCAUACCACAGUAUCAGUAGCUACAUCAAGUGCUCAGAGUUUAUUCAAGACAACAGUAGCAAUUGGAACAUCAGCUUCUCAACAACUUGCAGUAAUAGCUGCUGGACAAACUAAAGCUUCAGCACAAACACAGAGUCAGCCUCGACUGUCACUUCCACCUCAUACAACAGCACAAGUACCAGGACAGCCCCAGGUCAUACCAAGCUCUCCUGUACCUGGAAUUACAGUUGUAUCACAGGAAAUGAAAGAGAAUGUGAAAAAAUGCAAAAACUUCUUAGCUACCCUCAUAAAACUUGCUUCUCAUAAUUCACCAUCUCCAGAAACAUCCCGUAAUGUGAAAGCUUUGGUUCAGGAUUUGUUGGAUGCAAAGAUUGAUCCAGAAGAAUUUACAGGCCGCCUUCAGUCAGAACUCAGAUCAUCUCCUCAGCCGUAUCUUGUACCUUUCCUUAAGAAAAGUCUACCUGCAUUGAGACAAUCUUUACUGAAUAGUCAACAUUCAGUUUUGCAAGGACAGCCAUCUCAGCAGUCACUUCAACAAACCAAGCUAUCACAAGUUAUACCUCAAUCUGCCUCUGGAAGCAUUUCCUCUGUUAUCACCAAACAGACAAUAGGAAUAAGGCAACCAAACAACAUUUGCACAGUCUCUGUAUCAACAACAGUGCAGCCUCCUCAGGUUAAGGUGGUACAAUCCAAUCAGAGUUCUCAACUGCAUAUUAUCCAGUCAACAUCUGCUCAAACUGUGAAACGAACCCCUGCUUGCCAGACUACCCAGAUUAGGAUGCCAGUGGUAAUAACUCAGACCAUUAGACCACAAGGCACACUAAGGAAGGCACCAACAAUACAAGCCAGCAAAAGUCCUGGAGGCUUUGGUGUUCACGUCUCUGCAAAUAAGAAAAACAAGCUGAAUGACCCUGGAGGUGGUUCUUUCAGAGAUGAUGAUGAUAUCAAUGAUGUUGUCUCUGUGGCUGGUGUUAAUCUUAAUGAAGAAAGUGCCUGCAUUAUGGCUACCAACUCUGACUUGGUUGGAACCCAGAUACAGUCCUGUAAAGAUGAACCCUUUCUUGCUGCCAUACCUCUACAUAAACGUGUACUUGAAAUGGCUAAAAAACUAGGAAUUACUGAUGUGCCAGCUGAGGUGGUUACUUUUAUUUCUCAUGCAACACAAAACAGAUUAAGAACAGUGAUAGAAAAAUUAACAGUGAUAACCCAGCACCGGAUGGAAUCAUGCAAAGAUGAUGAGUGGUAUGAAGAAGCUACAGAUGUCCGAUCACAGUUAAAGUUUUUUGAACACUUGGAGCGUUUAGAAAAGCAAAGGAAAGAUGAACAAGAGAGGGAAAUCUUGCUGAAGGCUGCCAAGAGUCGCUCAAGGCAAGAAGACCCAGAGCAAGCCAGACUGAAACAAAAAGCAAAGGAGAUGCAGCAACAAGAACUUGCGCAGAUGAGGUACAGGGAUGCCAAUCUCACUGCAUUGGCAGCUAUUGGUCCUCGGAAGAAAAGGAAGCUUGAUUCGCCUGCACUGCUUACCGUAGGAGGAGAGGGUCUUGGUAUGUCUGGCAGAGGUCGGGCUGGCUUGGGCACUCCUUCAUCCCGGCAGUAUGCACGACAGAAAAUAACUCGCGUAAACCUCAGGGACUUCAUCUUCUACAUGGAACAGGAAAGAGAAACAAGCCAUUCUCUCCUGCUCUACCGAGCUCUGCUUAAAUAAAGCC